AUGACCCCUCUCGACAGUCUCGGCGCCUCCAUGCGCGCGCUAUCUCUUGGUGGAGCUGCACGGACUUCGAUGUUUUCGGCCAGAGCCACUACCUCUUCGCCCUUGCGGCCUACACUGUCUGCAGCAGCUCUGCUACGCAGACCCGAAGGGCCGGCUCAAGUGCGAUACAAGGGUCAACUUGCACCACGACGCACAAAGUAUCGCAAGGCGCACAAGGGGCGGGUCCCGGUCCCCAUCGGCGGGUCUAUCAAGGGCACCACGCUCAACGAAGGGGCAUAUGGUCUCAGACUGCUGGAGCCUGCCAGGCUAAGCGCAAAACAGAUAGGAUCUGCACAGAAUGCGCUCAAGAGGAAGUUGAAGGUUCUCAGGGGAUCUCAGGUCUAUCUGCGAGUAUUUCCAGACAUUCCAGUCUGCGUCAAGGGAAACGAAACGAGAAUGGGAAAGGGCAAGGGAGCGUUUGCGUUUUGGGCUUGCCGGUGAGCAUCAUCGGUGUGGACCGAAUGAAGAGGACCUGGGCGAUUGCAGUGUAGCUCACAUACCCUUCUUGUCGAUUGCAGAGCGCCGGUAGGACGUGUCAUAUUCGAGAUCGGAGGGCCAGUCGACAUUCGACCAGAGCUAGCUAGGGAUGGUGAGUAAAGCGUUGGAAAAAUUGCCCCCCUUUCUUAGCAUCUAUAUCGCCUGACGCAAUUUUCUCAUUUGGCUUGUAUCGUCUCAUCGACCCGGUCUGCAGCCCUAGCGCUUGCCGCGGCCAAGCUUCCCGUGAAGAGCGAGUUCAUAGACAAAAGCUCACCUCCGAGACUUGGCAGCUUGCUGCAGACUUCUAUUCCAGCCGAGAGCGCUUCGGCGAGAGGUGGUGCAGGAUUGGUCACUCCUGAUCAACCUACUCCUAGUGGUGUCGAUGCUACUAGCUCCGGCACCUCUUCUACGACUAUCGCUACAUAG